CCGAUAUUGAAAAGUCACACACUGGCCGAUCGUUCCGCAAACUGUGGCGGUUUUGGUUUCAUAGGGUCACUCAUGCAUCUUGUCUGGGAAUGGCUAUCACAUGGAUGAAGGAGCAGAGAAGAUACCGUUCAUGCUGUAACAUUGAACUCUUUAUGGGAGAUGGAAGAAAUUUCUACUCUAGGAAACAAAGAAAGAAAUCUCCACAGCUCUUCUGUGUUCAGAUACCUGUUUCAAAAACUUAAGCAUAUAUCCCGUAGGUACAAUAUGCUCAAUAUACCCGACAGCGCAAAUGGGAAUCUGUUCAACAAUCACCUGGAUAUGCAGAAGCCGAUGCAAGAGAAUUCUACCUUUGCUCGUAUACCCAUUCUCAUUGCGUGCUCCAUUGUCGUAUUCGUUCUAUUCAUAGCUGGCACAGCAACCACUGUUAUUUCUUAUCCUCCACCACCAAAUGGAAGUUCUGGAAGAAGGAUGCCGACAGCCUUGGAUGGUGAUUAUAAACUUUUAGGCCCACUUUUACUGAUGGCUGGAUCUUUUUUCCUUAUUGUUGAUAUCGUUCUGUGUGCAGCUGUCACCAAAGAUGCCUAUUACUCAUCUAGGAUAAUCAGGCCUGUGUCGAAUAUGACAACAGCGACAGGACAAGUCGUAGGAGGACCUUUCUUUUUAGCUGUCCCCAGAACAUCUGAUCAGCAACAUAUUUCACCUCUGAUGCGAACCCUCUGGCCUAUGCCAAAUGCUCCCUUGCCAGAUUUUUCAGAAGAUAUUGGAUCACCAAAAAGACCAAAGGUUCGAGCUGCGACUGCUACUCUGUCAAGAUGUCACCAGCCCCCUUAUAAUCCAGAUGCUUAAAAUCAAAUUUCAUAUAUUCAGCGCGGAUCAGAAUAACUUCUCAUCAACUUUCGGAAUGAAUGUUAAAUGGACAGCAAGAUGAGAAAUUAAAUAGCAUUAUAAUUAUAAUUGAAGAAUGUGUUUAAAGCUAUUUUUCCACAAAUUCGAAGAUUUGAAGAGAAGAUAUUAAUAUAUAUUUUCACAAGACGUUGAGAACGUAGGAAUCGUUGAGACAGAGGAGAUUAAUGCACUGCAGCAAGAAACACUACAAAUAAAUUGUUAAGUGUUACAUUAUUAAAUAAAUAAGGAAAAAAUGUAUUUCUAUACUACUAAGAUGAGAUCACGAUAAUUAAUUUUAGUUUUCCUUUUCUUAAUAAUACCCAAAUGGUGUUUGCCAUAAUAAAAUACAGUCAAAAGUCGUUAAUCCGGACACCCAUAAUCCAGAAUAAUCUGUAAUCCGGACCUCAAAGCUGCAAACUUUCUGCGCAUGCGUCAACGCAUAAUACGUUUACGCAUGAGCGUAAUACAUUUACGCAUGCGCAUACGCGUGUGCGCAUGAGCAUGAUACGUUUACGCAUGCUCGUUUAAUGUAUAACGGACGGUAUAAGCUAAGCUAAAAUUAUCUAAUUAUCUAUUUCAGUUAAUGUUGCAGAUUGCGUUGUUCCUUAAUCUUCGAAUUGGA